AUGACCCGACACGAAUAUGAAGAGAAGCUUUCUUCAGAGUUUCAAACACGACAAACUUUCCUCGUUGUGAUCGAGACACUAAUUUGUCUUAUUAUUACGGGAGUAUCAAUACUGGGAAAUGGUCUAGUUUUUGUUGCUGUAUAUAGAAAUCCGCGACUACGAAAACCCUCUAACUUGUACAUAAUUUCACUGGCUGUUUCGGAUUUAGUAUUAUCUGCUGUUGCAAUGCCGUUUACCUGCGUCUCGGCAAUGGUUGGAAAUUGGAUGUUUGGAGCAGCACUGUGUUGGUUCCAAGCGUCUUUGGCUACCAUGCUCGGGACAACAUCUCUGAUGAACAUGGCUCUUAUUGCAGCCAACAGGUUUUUAAAAGUUGUCUAUCCAAACAUGCAUCGCAAGCUGGUGUCGGUUAAAACAAUUUUGAUUUCCAUAGCAUUUGCUUGGUGUUUCACGGGUGCCAUUCCGGUAUCAUUUUACAUCACGAAUGUUCAUAAUGUGUUUCAUCCCGGCCAUAUUGUUUGUUUGUUUGACUUCAGCAGCGCAAGUUACACUCUUAUCGCUCUAAUUGGAGUUUUCGAGGCCUUUAUACCUUACCAAGUGAUCUUUAUCUGUUAUUUUAAGGUGUGGCGUUUUGUUAAAAGGCAUACUUCUCAUAUGAGCUCUUCUAACGUAAAUGCCGAAGAUGUUCAUCUCAAUCGUUUGUUGUCGUGCAUUGUUGUCAGCUUCACAAUAUGUUACACUCCAUUUCUAGUGAUUAUUUUGAUCGAAAGUUUUCACGAACAUUUUUCUAUUCCUCGGCAAGUCUACUUCUUCGGCACAGUUAUGGUAGGACUGGGAAGCUGUGUAAACCCAGUUAUUUACGGUAUUUUGAACAAGGAUUUUAGGCAAGAAUUCAACUCCAUAUGUCGAAUACGAAGAAGGGUUGAACCACAGGAAUAA